ACGUCGGUUUAUAUGGUCCUGCAGAUAGAACGAAUUCUAACAUUUAUGGUAAGUUAGAUAGUUGGGCAACGGCUGUACAACAUAAUCCUAGUUCGAUGAUUUCACAACAAUUUCGAGGCGCUAAUAGGGAAAGAUCCGUAUUCGAAAAUCGAACUAUUGACCCUAUGGCAAUAUACAAGAGUCGAUUAUUAAACUUUCAAUCCCUUCACGUUGCACGAUGA